ACUCGUGUCGCCUACUCUCCCCCACCGCCAUUUUGGGAGUCAGAUUGUAAAUAUUACUAGUUCAGGAAACCAAAUACGUCCACUAAUUUGGUGGCAUUAAUAUGGUGCACACUUGCGUAGUGGCCGGUUGUCGGAACAGGAGAACUCCAGGGACCGCGUUAUCCUUUUACAGGUUUCCCCGCGACCCGGAGCGGAAGCAGCGCUGGAUCGCUGCUGUGAAUCGUGAAGGGUGGGUGCCAAACGAGGGCAGCAGACUCUGCAGCACACACUUCAUUUCAGGAAAACAAGUGAAAAAUCCUCGAUCCCCUGAUUUUGUUCCUUCAGUUUUCACCUCAGCGCCACUUUCCCCAAAUAUGAAAGAAGCAGGUUCUUGUGAAAUGUAUGAUAAACAAGAGGCACAAGUGGAGGCCGCCAAUGCUUUGCUCUUUUUGCAAGGACAAGGGCGUUUCUUGGAGGAAAAUAGCCAGAUGACAAGUCAAGAAGAGCCGGAGAGUGUUUCCUCUUCACUGAGCAGUUGUGACGAGGAGGAUGUUAAGACUGAAGAUGCUGUAAAAGAAGAAAUCUCACAAACAAGCGUACUCCAAAGAGGACAACCAGUCAAAAACAUUCCCCCUGACUAUGAGUCCAGUCUCGAGGCUCUUAAGAAAGAAAACAUGGAGCUGAGGGAAUCGCUAGAUAAGAUGUCUCUCACUGAGGCUUCCUUUAGGAAUGAUCCAGAGAAGGUUCGCUUUUACACAGGAUUGCCGAACUACUUUGUGUUCGAGACGGUCAUGUUGCUUCUCAUUCCACAUAUGAAAGGAGACAAAAAUGUCAAACUCUCCAAAUUCCAGCAACUUCUCUUGACACUAAUGCGCCUCAAGCUGGAUCUCAGAAACCAAGACUUGGCUUAUCGUUUUGGAGUCAAGGUUGCCACAGUGGCCAGGACUGUCCAUCGGAUUAUUCACAUAAUGUUCACCACUCUUGUGCCAACUGCUGUUUUUUGGCCCUCCAGAGUAGAGCUCAGAAAAAAUCUACCAGCUGCAUUGUGUUGCACAUACCCAGACUGUGCGGUGAUCAUUGACUGCUUUAGGGUGUCUCUGGAAAGAGCUCUCAGUGUGGAUGGAAAUCAAGAUGUUGCAUCUACAGCAUUGACCACACCAGUGCAGUCCACUGUGAAUGAGCUUAAAUAUGUCAUCGGUGUUGCUCCUCAGGGUGUAGUCACGUUUGUUUCCAGAGGAUCUCCGGGUCAUGUCAGCGACAAGAGUCUAGUUGAGAGUUCUGGCCUUCUCUGUAAACUCCUGCCUGGUGAUGUUGUUCUGGCAGAGCGUGACUUUGACAUUGGGGGCUUAGUAGGUGCUCGGAAAGCCGAACUCAAAAUCACUAGUAGCACUUACUUUGAAAAUAGCCAGAGCGGACUGGAUGGAGAUUUCUCGCCAGUUGGAGCACUAUCAGAUAAAGCGAUUGCUCAUAUGCAUGUUGGAAAGGUAAUAGACAUUGUUAAGAGGAGAUAUUCCAUGUUAACUGGACCAGUGGAGAGCCCCUUUACAGUCGUAGACCGCACUUCCAAUGUGAGCACUUUUGAUAAGAUUGUGCAGGUUGCUUGUGCCUUGAAUAAUCUGUGCAUUUCUGCUGCUCCCCUGGAAUGAUAUUUGCCACACUUUUGUAAAAGUCACUUUUACUUGUACCAUUGCUGAAUGCACCUUUAUUGUUUCUCUAUUAUUAUAGAAAACAUUUUCUGUUCUUACAAGAGGGAUCAGAACAAGGACUGGUUUACAUCUGGUGUUAAGAUGCAUUUUGGUCAAUCUGAUUAGAAGUAGACGAGGGAGACACAUUCACCGUUAUACCUGCUGCUUAAUCCAGCUGUUUUGUUCACUUUGAACCACUUUCUUGAUUUUUUUAGUGGAUUUCAGUGUAAUACUUUGCAAUAAGCUCGCACAUCUAAAUGAAAUAUAAUAGCAGACAGUGGAAAAUGAGAGCAAAGAACAGCAGCUUUUGUUUCUGCUACAAAACUGCAGAAAGCUGUUGGGUUUGUGUUAGAGUCACGACUGGUAGGAGAACUACUGGUAGUUGUAGAUCAAAGCUUAAAAUCUUAUCUUCAAAUUCAUGCAUUUACAGCCAAAAAGUGAAUCUGUGUUUAAAAAAAACUUACAGUGGCUGAGAGACAAAAAUAAAAAAAACUGCAAAUAGAAAUGCUAACAAAUUGAGAAAAACAUUGUUAUGCACUUCAAUUCACACACAUGCACGCAAAUAUUUUAACGCAUCUAAAUACUGAAAUGCACUACAAGUUAAGAAAACCUUUUAUAAGGAAAAACACUAACAUAUUAAGAAAACAAAGAGACUAAGCUGAAAAGAAAAUGAAUGAAUAUUAGGAAAACAUCUUCGCUUUGACUACACACAUGUGCACGUAAAUUCUCACAAGGCAUACAAAUACAGAAACGCACUGCAAACAGCACAGACUACAACAGAAAUUUGUCGGGGGGAACAAACAAGAAAUCAUACAAUUAGGACAUUAACAUAAACAAAACAAACUCAGAAUUCUGACAAUUUUGCAUCCUAAAGUAGGAUUGUCACGAUACUGGAAUUUGAAAAACGUUCAUUUUCCUCGAACAUUUGAGCACUGUUGAGCACGUUCUGAUUCAAGUGCUCAACAGAAAUGACUGUAAUUGGCCGUGAAGGUCAUUGGUUCACCGAACUCAUCGCAAUUUACUGACAUACAUUUUUUCCACGUACAUUUGAGAGCUGUUAAGCACAAUCUUUAACAGCGCUGAUUUGUCAUUGUGUUCACAUGCUCAACAGAAAUGACUGUGAUUGGCCAUGAAGGUCAUAGGUUUACCAAACUCAUCGCUGUUUACUGCGUGUAACCACAGAUACAGAGACACUGGAGCAUUUCAUAGUCGCGCCUAUCAGCUGGUUGGUCUAUAAGCUGACAUACAAGUGAUCCGUUGAUGAAUCGCUGCUUUAAAGCGCUCCAGUGUCCCUGUAUCUGUGGUUACACGCUGUAAACAGUGGUGAGU